CAUAUGGAGUAGUAAUUCAAUGCGCAUGCCCUCACUGUCUGCUGUAAAGUCCGACUUCAGCACGGCAAACUAAACUGACGUACAAAGACAUUUUGCUAUCCUUUUCUGCAAUAUUUUUAUAGCGAAACAAUGUAAUACUUUUGACCAUGUUGUGCUAAUCUCCACUCGCCGCAGUGACCGUCAACUGCAUUAAAAAAUGCGCCGACACCGUGUCGUCGUCAUCUUGGCGGCGAUAUUUAUCUGCUGCUACUGGUCCGCCGACGCGUUAAAAUGCUACCACUGCCGUGGCCCCAUCGGGUCGGCCUGCGAGACGAACCCCUCCCUGAUCAGCAACGACAUCGAAGGCGUGGCCUCCUGUAACCCCCGCCCCCCGUCGCCCUUAAGCGACCGCGUCAUCUUCGACGAACCGUACUGUGUGUCCUUCAGUCAGCAGUUGAACCGCGCGCCCGACGGCCAAAACGAGGUGAUUGUGGUGCGGCAGUGCAGUUACCCGGGGGGUAUUCCCGCUCCGGCCAAUGUGCGGUGUGUCAAGCAGCCGGAGAACAAGCGCAUCAACAUGUACUGCAACACCACGCUGUGCAAUACGCGCAGUCUGGCGCAGAUCUUCCAGGAAUGCGGUAAUGGCAGUGUUGUCCUUGAUUGGUCGCCGGGGACCACAGUUUUCUAUGGGCCGCCGCAGAAAGCGGAUACGCGAACUGCUCAGGUUGAUCCGCCUGCUCCUAGUCAAGAAAUCCAACACGCCGCAUCCGCUGCUGUUGACGUUAAAGGAAAUCUCUCCUUCACAUUAUACACCGCCGCUUUUAUUGGGCUCAUGCUGGGCAGCAGCUGAUCGUGGUUGCGAAAAACGCUGAUUUCAUUAGUCAGUCAAUAUCGAAGUUAGACCCUUUUUUUUAUUCAGCUUAUUUGUAAUGUUAAUUCCAAAUUAUCUGUUUUAUAUUUAUUCGAGAACUUUCGGUUAAUAUUUUUAACAGGGUUUUUUUAUAUUCUCGGUUGUAAUUAAACGAUAAUAUGUACCUUGCCGCUGUAAAAGAGAAACGUGACGAGGCGGUAAUAAAAACGCGGCAUGCCGGUGCACCGCUGAGUGUGA